GGGCCUCGCGCGGCGGCCGUUCGGUGCAGAGCGGCCGCCCCGUCCCGCGGCCAUGGAGGAGCCGCUGCUGCCCGCCGCCAUCAACCCCAACAACUUCCCCGCCAAGCUGUGGCGGCUGGUGAACAGCCCGCGGUUCCGCUCCAUCCGCUGGGACGCCCGCGGCGAGGGGCUGCUCAUCGACCAGCCGCUGUUCGAGGCCGAGCUGCUGGGCCGCGCGGGGCCGCGCUCGGCAGGAGACGGGGCGGCGGGAGAGCUGUUCAAAACCACCAACUUCACCAGCUUCAUCCGCCAGCUCAACCUCUACGGGUUCCGCAAGGUGGUGGCGGGGCCGCCGGGGCCCAGGGCCGGGUCGGGGCCGGACAAUGACGGCGGCUCCGGCGGCCACCUGCACCACUUCCACAGCCCGCACUUCCGCCGCGACCGGCCCGACCUGCUGGUCCAUCUGAAGCGCAUGACGAGCGCCAACAAGGCCAAGCUGGCGGCCGGCCUGGAGGUCAGCAGCCGCCCGCCCAACCGCUUCCAGCGCCCGCCCGGAGACACGCCGCCGUCGCCCCCGACGCCCGGCAAGGCCGACAGGCCCGGGCUGCUGGCUGUAGGACAGUUUCAUCGACCUUAUCAACGAGACAGCUUAUUUCCUUACUCCUACAUGUCGGCCUCACCACAGAACCACGGCUCUUUGCCAUCAAAAAGCUUAGAUCGGACUCCAAUCCCUCCCAGAACAUGGCAGAGUUCUCUUGGGCUGAUUGCAGGGCACAAGGCGUCCGCAGCCUUCCCAGACAAGGGAAUUGCCUUCCCCAUAUUCCAGAGGUUUCCCACUGAGGUCACUUACACCCUGCAGUCCAGCGCCUCUCCUGUGCCGCUCCAGCAGGUCUCCCAGGCCAUCGCCACCUCCCCUGCAAAGUACAGCAGCUACACGUCACCCCUGCACUACUCACAAGCCUAUUAUCCAACAGCAGCGCUGCCGUGUUGCUCCCCUGCUACCCACAUCAGCCCUCUGACUUGCUGUGCGAGUCCUACAGCUCUGACCUACACCCACUGCAGCUUAUUCCAGAGUCCUCCGAUGCAGUCACCUUAUGCGGUUGAAUUCCUGCCCUCUAACUGGCCAUACCACACAUCUGAUGAAAGCAAGAAGACGGAAGUAAAUCUUGAAGCUGUGUUUCAGAUUGUUGAUGAAAUGCGUUCGUCGCCUAAAGUUGGAACAGUGAAAGUGGAGCCUGUGGAGAACCAGUGGUCGAGCCCUCAGACCAGCAGAGGUCAACCACAGCUAGCUGGUACUGAGAAUGACGAUCCACCUUCAGAUGAAGAAGGCCGGCUGGAACCUCUCACCCCCGUGGUGUCAGACGUUACACCGUUUGUGGUGGGAGAUCAAGAGGCACCUUGUUCUCUGCCACAGCCUUUGGAUUACUUUUAUGCUCUCCAUACCACUGCGUCUGUAGAAUGUGCUGCUGCUCAGAUGGUGCGAGAACCUGCAGCCACACAGGAAGCACGAGGAAAACUGAGAGAAGAGCCAGACCACCUCCCAGCUCAGUUCUCAGCCAUGAUAGUGCGAGAAGUGCAGUCAUUCAGCCCACAGAAGGUGGAUACUGGUGUUAAAUGUCCAUUCCUAAGGUCAGAGACAGAAGAGGUGGGAUGCCCCACUUCAGGAGCUGGGCCUGUGAAGAAAACUGUAGAAAACACUGUUUCAUCUGCAAAGACCAGAAACAGAGAGAGAAGAAGCAACUCAAAGGAGUGCAAGUCCCCAGAUCUCCAUCUGCUGGUGGAUGUCGCUUGCAAGCAGGAGCACUUUCCAAAGGAAGAAAUAAGAGAGUGAGAAGUGGGUGACAAGUAUGUGAGAACGUGCAGCAGCUGCCAGCUGGGUGCCCUUGUCAGAGCCGGGUGCAGUGCACACAGCCGGGCUUUGUUGGAAGAAACAACCCCGACAACAAAGGCGCUGCUUUUUAACAACUUUCACUCUGUGGGAUGUUUGUCACCCCGUGGUUUUUUACACCUCUUCCAUGACGUUUCCUACCUGACAAGCUACAAAGCAUCAAAGUGAUCAGAACCUUUAACACGAGGUAAUUAUUAGCUGCUCAUCUUCUCAGACGUGGAAAGGCUGAACUCCCUGUGAACUGGAACAACCCUGAGAGCCGAACCUUUCUCACCGGGAAGGAAGCGCGUUGUUUUCAGUGCUGUGCUCACAAUCUUUCUGUUGGACGUUGCUGGAAGCCACAGCGCUCCCUGCUCCCGGUGCUCCCACCAUCUCUGCUUGAAGUCACACUGUGAGCCUGCAUUGGGAGCUGUGUAUGACACAGAAGCGCAGGGAAGUCACAAGAUUCCAGGUCUGAACGGGUCAGGGGCUCCAGGGGCUGCUGUAGUAAAGAUGAGCCAAUUUUCUGAGUGAUUACCCAGGAAAUGCUCUUCCUUCCUGAAGCAGCGCUCGGUUCGUGUCCCUUCCAGUGGGUAUCCAUUACAUGUAACAGCUGCUGAUCUCUUACACUGACGGAGAAAUCCUCUGUUUCAGUCACUCCUUUUUGGUUCUGAUGCUCUCUGUAAUGGUAAGUUAUGUGUUGUCUUAGUACUCAAAUAGGUCUUAGAUACAUUCUUAACUUACUGAGUGUGGUUGUAUUUAUAGUGAUAGUAGGUUUUAAGUUUUGAAUAGCUGUGUGUUUGCAUUUAUGUUAACACAUUGUUUGAAGGAUAAAGGGGGCACAGACUGUAUUUAUAUUGUCAGGGAAACGCACAUGAAAGAGUGCUUAGGACAUAAAUUUAGCUGCUUCAUCCAUGCUCAUAUUCUUUAAGAAUUAAUUAGAGCCAGUCCUGAACAAAAACACACCCGAGAGGAGCGGCCCAGACCACCCCAGCUGUACCCUGCAGGACCUCGAGCAGCCUCCGGCCGUGGGCAGGAUGUCCCCAGUGAGUGCUGAGUGCUGGGAUGAGCUGAGGCAAAGCCUUUAAUUAUUCACCAGCCAUCCAAACAAAUACAGUCUGAGGAUGCUUUUAGGUCAAGGCCGGUGGGAACGUUUCCAUGCUGAUUGUCCUCAGAUUUGCUCUCCUGUAUCGUGUAUUACCUGUGUGCGGUACAACUCCAGUUGGCACCAAUGGUGAAGGGUGAGGUGGAUACACCCAAGUCCAGCUUCCCAAAUGGAUUCCAUCACUUUCCUCCCGGGUUCAGGGUGUAAGGAGAUGGAGUUCAAAGGACUUCAGCCUUAUCAGACUGCAGCUGCUGCCUCUUUAACUCAUGCGCAGCUCAGAGGGAACUUCUCAGCUUACCUUUCUUACUCCUGUUUGCCUCCAGAAGACUUGGCACUUUAACUUAAUGUGAGGAUGCUCUUUUCCAGUCCCGCUCUAACAGUGCAGCUGCAGCAAUCUGCAAUGAAUUAAACUUUGAAACCGAACUGUG